AUGAGGGCCUGGAUUAUUAUAAAUGAGCUAAGAUUACUGGGACCAAGUUACUAUGGUGAUAAGGCAACAGCAUUUGCAGAGCUUCGAGUUCAAGGAAUCGAUAAUAAACCUUUCUGGAUACACAAAGAAUACUUGGUAUUGCAGUCCAGGUUUUUCCAAGAAAUUCUCAAACAAAUAACGAACGGCGAUAUAAUCACAAUAAAAGUACCAUUCCCGGAAACAUUUGAAAUGAUUCUGCGGUUUCUUUAUGAUGGUGAUGGUAAUAAAUGGUAUAAUUCAAUGACAAAAGAAAAUUUUUUCAAAAUUUGGAAAAAUGUUGAAUUUCUUCAAUUAGGAAAUGAAGCAAAAAUUGUAUGUAAUGCUUAUUACGAAAAAGUAUUGAAAAAAUCAUAA